AUGAAAUAUUUAAUUUUUAAUGAAGUUCUCAAUGAGUUUUGUCGAUAUCAGCUUAACGACAAAAAAAUGUCAAACCCACAAUUUACUUGUACUCUUUGCAAGAUUUCAAUUAAAAAAAAACUUUUUUUCCCCAAAAAACUAAAUACUUAUAGAUCAGAAUGGCACCUUUACAAUUUAAAGCGGAAAAUAGCAGGAUUUCCUACAGUUUCAGCAGAAAUUUUUUCUCGAAAAGUAGUAGAAAGAAAAGCUAUGUUAAUGGAAGAAAGUUAUAAACUUAUUUCAAAGAAAAAAAAAAAUAUCAAACAUGAUGAUUUUAUUAAUAACUUAAAAAUUCUAGAGCACAAGAAUAGCAAUGAACAGUCAAAUUUAGACAAAUUUGAUAUUUAUGAAGCAUCUCAAAAAUCAUUUGAUGAUGUCAAUACAUUUGAUGAUAUCAAUUUACAUUCGGUAACACUAGAAAAAGUGUCGUCAAAUAAAACAGACGAGGAAGCAAUAAUAGAAGAACGUAUUGCAAAAAGCACAUCAUUGGAAAUAACUGAUUGCCUUUUUUGCACCCUAAAGUUUCAUACACUUGAUGAAAAUUUAAAACAUAUGAAAAAAGUACAUUCUUUGUUUUUGCCCCAUCAAGAAUAUCUUGUAGAUUUAGAAGGACUUAUAAAGUAUCUUGGGGAGAAAAUUUCUAUUGGAAAUCUUUGUUUAUCAUGUGAAAAAGUAGGAAGAAAUUUAAAUAGUAUUCGUCAACAUAUGUUUUCUAAAGGACAUUAUUCAAUAGCAUAUAAUACUGAAGAACAAAAGCUUGAACUGUCUGAUUACUAUGACUUUAGACCUUCUUAUUUUGCAAAUGAUAAUGAUUCGGAUUGGGAAGAUAUAUCAUCUGACCAGGAUAGUAAAGAUAGCAUCUCAUCUAUCGGUUCUUUUGAAGACGAAAAUAUCAUGAUCGACAAUGAUUACGAACUUAUUCUUCCAUCAAAGAUGAGGCUUGGACAUCGUUCUUUAAUCAGAUACUAUCAACAAAAUCUUCACCCCAGAAAUUUUCAAAAACAAACAAAAGAUAGAAACAAAAGCGGAUUAAUACGACAGGAAUACGUUCAACGAUCAUUACAGGGCGUUAGCGAUUCCCGCAGAAAAUUUUCUCAAAAACAUAUUAAAACAUUCCAAGAUUUUCGCCAAAAAGAAAACUUCCGAACUUCAGUUGCCCUCAAAAGCAACCACCAAAAACACUUUCGAAACGAAUUACUCCAAUAA